GCUUCGCUCUCGUCUGCUAUUCUGUAAGAGCCAGCCUGGGCGCCGGUACAGUCAGGAGUAGUGUGUGCACGUCGGAUUUCUGCCUUAUUUCCCUGCAGGUGACUCAGAAACUUCACAAUGCGGCUGGAAGAAGUCAGAAGGCUCCAGCACACCUUGGAACAGGUCAAUGAUGGCAAAAACUUUCUGCAAAGCCAUCAGCUCAGCAUGGAUGAAGAAAAUAAUAUCGAAAAAUAUCAUAUCAACUUGCAGCCCUUGGAAUCCAAAGUCAAAAUUAUCCAGCGAGCAUGGCGUGAGUACCUCCAGCGCCAAGACCUACCACACCAUGAGCAGCUGGACAAGCGCAGUCCCUCCCCACCGUCCCUCUCCUCUGACAAGAUGAGCAGGUCCAUCAGCAUGAACACCUUUUCCGACAGCAGCACACCGGACUUUGGAUUAAUGAAAGUUAAAUUUUGGGCUGAUCGUGAAAGAGGGACUUUUAGUUCCAUCUGCUUCAGCACUACACGCUAA